CGAUCUUGCAGCCUGACACUCUGUUUGAGAACAAGAUCACACAGCGCCAAUGUCCGUCACCACAAAAGCCACAAUCGCCUCCUUUGGCGGCAAGCUGCUAAAGCUGAGCCAUGCCGCCUCCUCAACAAAAUGCGAGAUGAACUUCAACCUCUACCUUCCCCACAGGCCUUCCAGAACUCAUCCCAGAAGAUCCCCGUCCUCAUCUACCUCCGACAAUUGCUCCGAGAAGGGCUUCUUCCAGCACGCCGCAAGCAAGAAAGGCAUUGCGGUGCUCUACCCAGAUACCAGCCCUCGCGGUCUGAACAUCGAAGGCGAAAACGACUCAUGGGAUUUCGGCACGGGCGCCGGCUUCUACGUCGAUGCGACAAAGGCCCCCUACAACAAUGGGUACAACAUGUACACCUAUGUCACCGAGGAACUCCCCAAGACGGUCUUUGCGGCGUUCCCGCAGCUGGAUUCGAGCAGGGUCAGCAUUACGGGACAUAGUAUGGGCGGCCACGGUGCGCUGACGCUGUUCCUCCGUAACCCCGGCAAAUACAAAUCCGUCUCUGCCUUUGCGCCCAUCGCGAACCCCAUCAACUGCCCCUGGGGCCAGAAGGCGUUCGCGGGCUACUUCGGCGAAGACCAGAAAGCGAAAUGGGCGGAGCACGACGCCACCGAGCUGGUGAAGAAGUGGAAGGGGCGUUUGGAUGUCCUUAUUGACGUGGGUACCGGCGACAACUUCUACAAGCAGGGCCAGCUUCUCCCGGAGAACUUUGAGAAGGCCGCCAAGGAGGCUGGCGUCGAGGGCGUCAAUAUCCGCUAUCAGCCUGAUUACGAUCAUAGUUACUACACCAUGGCGACGUUCUCGGAUGACCAUGUCGAGCAUGCGGCCAAGUAUCUCUUUGCUUAGUGGGUUUCCCCUUGAUAAUUUGUGAUUGUCUGUUCAAUGAAGCAUGCAAAGCUAUCUGAGAGUACUCGUUUGAAGCCCGCUGUCGCUGUCUGCCUAAUUGUACUUGUAUGGCGUCUUCUGAUGAUGAUGAGUGAUAAAAGUGAGCGUCGGGCGCCGAAGUCACAUAUAUAGAAAGGUUAGCAGGCUGGCCGGUACGAUCAACUUGCAAAGAGCAACUAUCUUAUCCAAUACUC